GGCCAACAUUCCUGCCGUCUACUUUUGUCUCUACGUGGAGGAGGCAGGACUCCAAACUGGACGCUGUCUGGAAUUUCAGGCGCACCGACAUUACACCUUUUUCUGAGUGACCACUUCAGGUCAAUCACAGAAAAAUGUCUGGAAAGAUAACAAAAGAAGAGAUGGAGGAGAUGAGAGAGAUCUUUGGGAAAAUUGAUCUGGAUGGCAACGGGCAUAUCUGUGAUUAUGAACUCCAUGAGCUCCUCAAAGAAGCUGGCCAUCCCCUACCUGGAUUCAGGGUCCGAGAGAUCAUCCAGAAACUCGACCGCAACGACGACAAUAAGAUCAGCUUUGACGAGUUUUUGUCGAUUGUCCAGGAGCUGAAGGGCAGUCAAGUAGCAAAAACUUUCCGCAAGGCCAUCAACAGAAAAGAAGGAAUCCUGGCUAUUGGAGGGACGUCUGAGCUGUCAAGCGAAGGCACACAACACUCGUUCUCUGAGGAAGAGCGAUUUGCCUUUGUGAACUGGAUUAACACUGCCCUGGAAAAAGACCCUGACUGCCAACAUGUCCUGCCCAUGGAUCCGAACACAGACUCUCUCUUCACAGCUGUCGGAGACGGUAUCGUGCUCUGCAAAAUGAUCAACCUGUCGGUGCCAGACACUAUCGAUGAGAGGACCAUAAAUAAGAAGAAGCUGACGGCGUUCACAACACAGGAGAAUCUGAACCUGGCCCUGAACUCUGCUUCUGCCAUCGGCUGCCAUGUGGUGAACAUCGGUGCUUUAGACCUGAAAGAAGGGAAGCCUCAUCUGGUGCUGGGCCUGUUGUGGCAGAUCAUUAAGAUUGGUCUGUUUGCUGACAUUGAACUGAGCAGAAAUGAAGCGCUGGCGGCACUGCUGAGAGAGGGGGAAACCCUGGAGGACCUGAUGAAGCUGUCACCAGAAGAGCUGCUGCUACGUUGGGCAAACUUUCACCUGGAAAAUGCCGGCUGGCAGAAAAUCAACAACUUCAGCUCUGACAUUAAAGACUCAAGAGCCUAUUUCCACCUCCUGAAUCAAAUCUCUCCAAAAGGCACAGAUGAGGAUCAGCCACGCAUAGACAUCAACAUGGCAGGCUUCAGCGAGAAGGACGACGUGAAGAGAGCAGAAGCCAUGCUGCAGCAGGCUGACAGGCUCGGCUGUCGACAGUUUGUCACCCCAGCUGAUGUCAUCAGCGGAAACCCCAAACUCAACCUUGCCUUUGUGGCUAAUCUGUUUAACAAAUAUCCAGCACUGAUCAAACCUGAGGGUGAAGACAUUGACUGGGGGCUGUUGGAAGGUGAAACGAGGGAAGAGAGAACAUUUAGAAACUGGAUGAACUCCCUGGGAGUGAACCCCCAUGUGAAUCAUCUGUAUGGAGAUCUACAGGACGCCAUGGUCAUCCUCCAGCUCUAUGAGAAGAUUAAAGUUGCAGUUGACUGGAACAACAAGGUCAACAAGCCACCUUACCCCAAACUGGGAACCAACAUGAAGAAGUUGGAGAACUGCAACUAUGCAGUGGAACUGGGCAAGUCAGCCAAGUUCUCCCUCGUUGGCAUCGGCGGGCAGGACCUGAACGAUGGCAACGCUACCCUGACUCUGGCACUGGUGUGGCAGCUGAUGAGGAGAUAUACGUUGAAUGUACUGGAGGACCUGGGUGAUGGAGAGAAAGUAAAUGAUGACAUCAUUGUGAAAUGGGUGAACAAAACGUUAGCAGAGGCUGGAAAGUCGACCAAGAUUUCAAAUUUUAAGGACAAGGAGAUCAGCAGCAGUUUGGCAGUGCUGGAACUGAUAGACGCCAUCCAGCCCGGCAGCAUCAACUACGAGCUGAUUAAAACCGGCAGCCUCGGUGAAGACGACAAGCUGGAGAACGCCAAAUACGCCGUCUCUAUGGCGAGGAAGAUCGGCGCCCGUGUCUACGCCCUGCCAGAAGACCUGGUGGAGGUCAAGCCUAAAAUGGUGAUGACAGUCUUCGCCUGCUUGAUGGGUCGGGGGAUGAAGCGAGCCUAAGCUGGAAUCAUUGUGACACUUCCUCCUACCUACUCACAGGCCAUUAGCAUUUUGAAAGAGCUCCCCCAACUGAAGGAAUGAAGUUUUUUUUUUUUCUGGAAAUCAGUCAAAACCAUACAUUAGCAUGUCUCCCUGCCUCUUUAUCGUUAACAGAGGCGUUUUUCUGAAGAAUCAUGUGCUGUUCUCUUAUUUAAAACUGAGGCUACAACACUAAUUUGUCUAAAGAGAAGGCAAUGAAUUAAGCCCCGUCUGUUGCUUAACCGUUCUGACGUUCCAAUGUUCUUGUGUUCCUCAUCAUCUUGUUACUUUCGAUAUGCACAACUCUUCAUGUAUAAGAAUGCUGUUUUUUUUUUUUUUUUAAUGCGAGUAUGCAUAUUUCCAGCUGCAAGGUUGUUUACAUAUUUUAUUUAGACUGAUAAGUAAAUUAUAGCCUUGAAUAAGCAACACACAUUCCUGAAUAACAUACUUAUGAAUAAAUGCUUGAGAAGGUAAGAAAGUUACGGAGGCGGGAUGUUUCGGUGGAGCACACUUCAAAAAAAAAACACCCGAACAUUUCGUCUUGCUUAAUGAAGUACAAGCAUGUCUUAAUAACUGGCACGAUAAACAUAUCUGUAUACAGAAGCCAUAAGGUCACGUUAUAUGAAUGACCAGCCUGAUUUGCUGUCUGUAUUCUUGUACUCGUCAUAUGUCUGUUUCUUGGGAUUAUUAUGCGAGGUAAAUGCUGUUUUUUGGGUCAUCUGGUCUUUGUUGUAUUGGGCUUUUGGUUUUUUUUGUUGUUUUUUUAAAGUAUCUGUUACGUUGGAUGAGGAGCAGGCGGACUAGACUCCUGGCUUCUGCUGUGCCUUCUUGUCUCAAAGACGACUUGUACUUGUGCUUUGAGGAUUUUCCUGUUUCUUUUGUAUUCAACAUUACCAAAUAUAAACAGUAACUUCAUUCCAGGUAGCUUCAUGAUAUUCUAUGACAAUGGCCAGAUUGUAUUUGGUCUCAUGUUCAUGUCUACUCUUAAGUGCUUUACAUAUAACAAUAAAUAUGACUUUGAAAUCA